GACCUCUCCACUUCAUCUAGCAGCACAGUAUGGACACUAUUCAACUACGGAAGUGUUAUUACGAGCAGGAGUAAGUCGAGAUGCAAGGACCAAAGUGGAUCGGACGCCACUUCACAUGGCAGCUUCAGAAGGCCAUGCAAGCAUUGUAGAAGUUUUGCUUAAGCAUGGUGCAGAUGUAAAUGCAAAGGACAUGCUGAAAAUGACUGCUCUGCACUGGGCCACGGAACACAGUCAUCAAGAAGUAGUGGAACUCUUAAUAAAGUACGGAGCAGAUGUCCACACCCAGAGUAAAUUUUGCAAGACUGCGUUAGACAUUGCCAUAGACAACGGAUAUGAAGACAUGGCAGAAAUUCUACAGAUUGCAAUGCAGAACCAAAUCAACACGAAUCCAGAAAGCCCCGAUACAGUGACGAUUCAUGCAGCCACGCCUCAGUUCAUCAUUGGACCUGGUGGCGUUGUGAAUCUAACAGAUGACAGUGGAAUGUCUGCUGUCCAGUUUGGUAAUUCCUCAACUUCCGUUCUGGCAACGCUGGCUGCCUUAGCAGAAGCCUCAGCUCCACUGUCCAACUCGUCAGAAACGCCAGUUGUGGCCACAGAAGAAGUGGUGACCGCUGAAUCUGUGGAUGGUGCAAUUCAACAAGUAGUUAGUUCUGGAGGCCAGCAGGUUAUUACCAUAGUAACAGACGGGAUACAGCUUGGAAAUCUUCAUUCCAUUCCCACCAGCGGAAUGGGUCAACCCAUUAUAGUGACCAUGCCAGAUGGGCAGCAAGUACUUACAGUACCAGCCACAGACAUUGCAGAGGAAACAGUAAUCAGCGAAGAGCCUCCACUCAAGAGACCAUGUAUUGAGAUCAUUGAAAGUCGGGUGGAAUCGGCAGAAAUAGAAGAAAGAGAGACGUUACAAAAACAGCUGGAUGAGGCCAACCGAGAAGCCCAGAAGUACCGCCAGCAACUUCUGAAGAAAGAGCAAGAAGCAGAAGCUUAUAGGCAGAAGUUGGAGGCGAUGACCCGCCUCCAGACUAACAAAGAAGCUGUUUGAGUGGAUGGAAGUGAGCAUUCUGUUAUAUUACAGGUUAAGAAAACUGCAGUACAAUCUGGGUCUGCACAAUGCAUAGGGGUGCAGAACUGAGUCCUUUGUCAGAGAAGAUGCUACUGGACUUAAGCCAUGAGCUCUGGUGAUUUUCCUGUAUCAUAAAAAAAACAACCUCAGAAUUUAGACAUUUUGUGCAAAAUAUUUAAAAAAAGAAAUACUGUAAAUAGUUUUUUUUUUACAGUUCCAAAAUUAAUUGUUUAAUCUUUUUGGAAGGGAUCCACAAACCUACAAUGCCAAUGUUUUUGUGACUUUUUGUUUUGAUUUUACUAUGAAUCUUCUGAGAUAAAGAACAGUUUUAAGGAGGAUAAUUGUUGAUUUAAACUGCGCUAUGUAAAUGAAUUAUGUGAUAGAAACGAGCUUGAAAGCUACGAAUUAGAUCUCCUGACUAAAUUCAUUUCCUGAUUAUUAUCCUUUGUACAGCUUUAAGUAGUUGGCCAAGGCCUCUGAACAAUGCCCCCCUUUUUUAGGGAAAAAAAAGUGUAAUUUUUUAUAUUUAAUUCCUGAUAUAUUCAAGUAGAUUGACAUGUAUAUGAAGCUGAUAUUUUUA